ACAACGCCAUGGACUGCAGUGGGUGCAUCGGAGUAAGUGAACAGAGAACCACACCCCUGGUAUUCAGUGUCAGGCCCACUGAUCUCACUGCGCACUUCGCCGAGUGGCCUCAACCAGGAAGGAAGCUCUUGCCUGCUGCCUUGGGCAAAGCAAAGGAGCUAAGAUGGCCGCUACGGCGCAUUCGUUCAGAGACGGCUUAAGCCCAUUUUGGCCUGUGCUCCCUCCCAGGGCAGGGGCGAUCUACAUGGGCUACUAUCCCACCCCUGGAGAUGAGCUCUCGGCGAGCAUGGAGGAUCGUUAGCACCCACCAACCCCUUUGGUGUCCUGCACUUCCUGGGAACGUGUGCACUUGGGGAAGUUCCAUGGGAAAAUGCAAGUUUGGGCCAGAUACAGCUGAGAGAGAAGCUAGAGAGUGCAUGGGGGAGUGCACAUGCGGAUGAGCCUGGGAGAGAAAAUGGAGCGGAGAUUUACCUGAUGAACUAGCUGAGGUGUUGAAGGAUUAAAUGAAGCAGCAACACAUUCGUUUUAUGCUGAGCUGCCAGAGAUGGCGCUUUGCAUGCGCCACAUUAAAGAUGAGGCACCAGUUCUCAUCUUGCAAGAACUCCAUGUCCUAUAGGUCACACUUCAACCCUUGUUGAAACAUCUCAUGGCAACAACACCCAUUCUCCCCAGACAAGGCAAUCCCAGGAUCUAACUUUUACGGCUUGAUUUUUUUUUUUUUAAUUCCUACCUUAAACUCAGAUAGUCAUUACCUUUGGAGUAACCUAUCUCAGCACUUUUAAGGGACUUAGAACCUCAGUUGUUACCUGGAAUUCUUUCCUGAGUAACCAUCAAAACAGAACUUCUCAGCCGUGGCAACACUGGAGCCAAUUCUCCUAGAUACAUCCAAAGAGCAGUCGUGUAACCUGACUGUCCUUCAGACUGACACAGCAAUUAUGCAGCAACCAAAACCGUUCUACCAGCCACAUGAUGCCUAUGGUCCCAGACCCUUAGAUCAAUCGGAGAGCCAGUCAAACCGGCCACUUCAAACCUUUGUCCUUCCCGACAACCCUGCAUCAGUAGGACCAUCCAACCUGUACCAUCCCCCAAGUCAAGAGAAAGACGUUUUCACUGGACCCCCUGCAGGUUUCCAGAUGGCACCUUGUGGGUGCUUUUUCGAUCCCCGGAUAUAUCGCAUAGAAUGGGCAAUGACCAAUUUCGUGCAACCGUCAGUUUAUAAACUCACGGGUGGCUCAAGUUCACCAAGCGCUUACCUUCUGGACACCCACAGAUACCUCAAGAGUCCUGUCCAGACAGUCCCCUACCCACCUUACCACCCGAUCCCAAGCAAACCCCAAUACAUCAUGCCUUAUUUCAAUCAGGAGGGCCCCGCCAGUGGGACGGAACAAGGGAAUUUGGUCCCUAGCCCACUCCACGACUCUCAGUUUCUAGAGAUGCCUCAGCCGCAGGAAGAUGGUCAGAACAAUGACGACAAACUGCCCCAGCUCCUCGUAUCGCUGCCUGGACUCAGCCAGAAUGAGCAGAGCCUCCAGAUAAGCACCUACUGCCACCUUAAGGAUAGGCCAAAUCCCCACAACCCAGAGUUUCAAGGGUUUGAUAGUUUCCAGGUGGAAGGGGAAGAACUCAAGGAAAAUGACAUGAGCCAGAACCUCCUAGUGAAUACACAGAUCCCAGACAUUUGCAUCGAAGAUCAAAACCCUCUUUCCAGUCCCAGUGUUGCAAACGCACAGGUGAUGGCGGAGGCAGCGUCAUGUCCUCUGCAGGACAGCCUCGUAGCUGAAGACAGCGAAGUGCUGGACGCAGAGGAGCCCUUCGAUCUGCCUGAGAACGUUUUGUUGGAAGAUGCCAUGAAGCUGUUUGAUUGCUCUCCAGCUAACUCGGACUCAGAGGGUUCCAGAGACAACCUGAGCCGCACCCUCACGUCCAGCGAGAGCGAAAGCAAGGAUUGCUGCUUCCCGUGUGACGACUCGUCCAGCGACAUACGGUCCCUCAAUCUGCCUGAUGAGCUGCUGUCUUUUGACUACAGCGUGCCCGAGAUCCUAAAUACGGUGGCCAGCAUGGAUUAUUUCUAUGACCUCAAAACUUUCAAUGAGGACCCCAAGUGGGAUUUGGAGCGGGUGCUGCAGCCGCCCCAAAACAGUGGGUCGCUCCAGGACCCCAGGCAAGAGCCCCAAGGAAAAGAGAAGCUCAGCAGCGCAUCAAUAAAGAAACGAAAGCAGCCAGACAGCAAAAAUAAACCUACCUCUGCAGAGGAGAGCAGCACAUCGGACAGGCAGGAAUGCCCAGCGACAGGCAUCUGACUAGCACUAUUGGAGCAGCUGUACGGAAGCAAAACUGGGCUGGAGUAGGGCUGGGGGGUUGCAGUUAACGACUGAGCCUAAUGAACCAUCCCACUAUUAUUCUAUUAAAAGCGAUCUAGCCAGAAACCCAA